AUGGACGGCCUCGGCAUCCAGGCAGCGCAGCCCAACGCACUCGCGAAUGGCGCAACUACGACGAGCUUCGACACACCAACCCCAUCCGCCGCAGCAGUGCCGCAUCGGCAGCACGACGAGCCAGCACAGCAGCACUCCAACUCGGCGUCAGCUCCUGCACCAAACGGCACCGCCGAGUCCGAGCAGAACCAGGAUCUUUGGAGCAGCAUCCUCAACAGCGUCAAGAGUAAAAAGGCCAUCGUCACAAAGAACGUCAUCCUCCUAGGAGAGCCACAGACCGGCAAGAGCACGCUGCUGUCGUCGCUGGCGUCUGCUUCUCCAUCGGGCCUGAUAUCGUCCUCGGCCGCAGGAGCGUCAGCAGCGAGAACACCGCUGGUCGGUUCAGGCGAUGACAAGGACGCGGCGGCCACCGUCGCAGCGACGUCGAGGGACAAGCUGUCGGAAAGGAGCGCCGGCGAUCUUGGCCUGGGAUACAGCUACUUUGAGGUGGCCGACGAAAAGGACAAGGAUGAGGUCGUCGCACGGGUUGGCGUCCACACGCUGCCCUCGUCCGACCCCGCCUACACCUCGCUGCUGCCCUUUGCCCUGCCAGCGCCGAUAGGGUUGACGACGGCAGAGCAGGCCUCGUCGUCCAUGGCCGCAUUGGCAGCGGCUGUCUCGGCAGGCGUCACCGCCGGCUCCGGCCGCGUCAACGGCCUCUUCCAGCCCCAUGCGUCCAUCGAUGCGCUCCAAGACUCGCUGGUGCUCAUCACGCUGGACUGGGAGCAGCCAUGGACCUUUCUCGACCAGCUGCGCAACUGGCUCGAAGUCCUUCGCGAGCUCGUCGACAGCGCCAGCGGCGGGUCCCUGAGCAAGCGGUCCCACGAGGUGCAGAAGUGGAGCCGGACGCAGGUGGCACUCGACGAGAUGCGGGAACGAUUGGAGGCCUACUUGCGGCACUACGUCGAGCCACAGCCGAGCGGCGACGCCUCGACAACCAACGGCAUCGAAGGUAUCGGGACGACGACGAUCUUGCCGCCGCCCUCGUCGAUGCUCAGCGCAGCGCUUCAAGACGACGAAGUUCUGCCGCUCACCGACGGCAUGCUCACCGAGAACUGGGGCGUGCCCAUCGUCGUCACCUGCACCAAGGCCGACCUGAUCGCCAAGCUGGAGCGCGAAAAGGACUUCAAGGAGGAGCAGUUCGACUACAUUCAGCAGGUGCUGCGGACCGUCUGCAUGAAGUACGGCGCCGCCCUCUUCUUCACCAGCCACACGCGGCCCCAGUCGUUCGACAUCCUCCGCUCCUACAUCCUCCACCGCCUCUUUACGCCGCACCUGGCGGCUCCGGGAGCAGCGGCGCAGGCCAACGGCGCGGCCGCCACCGACGGCAAGGCGGGCACCUCUGCGGCAGGAGCAGCGACGAUCGGCGCGGCCGGCGGCUCGACCGAGUUCAAGUUUCCCUACCGGGCCAUCACCACCGACAGGGACACGCUGCUCGUGCCCAGCGGAUGGGACUCGUGGGGCAAGAUCCGUGCGCUCCGCGACGGCUUCGACUGCAAGGGCAUGGCGCGGGGCUGGGAGUACGACUGCGAGUUUGAGCGGCUGCGGCGGGCGCGGAGGCUGCCCAAGGGCGACAAGGACGCAGAGGACCAGCUGGACAAGGAGAUCGAGCGGGAUGCCGAGGAUCGCGUGCGGAGCGCCGUCAAGCUGUACGAGGACAUAGUCGCCGACUACGAGGCCGGCCCUCCGCCGCACAUCCUCGCAAGCCGCGUCAAGCAGCCGGACGAGCAGGACUUUCUCGGGCAGCACUACGCCACGCUCCAAAAGGACCCAGAUCCAAGGUUCAAGUUCGCCAAGCAGAACGCCCAGCUCGCCGCCGCUACGUCCGCAGCCGAUGGCGCACGCGGCAACGGCGCAGAGGCCACGUCGCCCGCGGCCGAGCAGGACGGUCCGGGAAUGCACAUGGGCGUGGGCCCGAUGGCCGGGUCAGGGCUCAGCCUACCGGGCAUCGAUCGUUUGCUGUCGGAGCGCGCGGCGUCGAUGGAGGACGGCUUUUCCUCGAGCUCGACGGGAGCCAAUGCGUCUUCGAGCUCGGCGUCGUCGAGGCCUGCGCGCGUCGCCGGACCGUCUCGGCGCGACACUGCUUCGGGCAGGGACGGCAUCAGCUCGAGCAGCGCGAGCGCCCGAAAGGAUGCGGCGUCGCUGCUGGCGGGCAUCUCGACGGGCGGCGGUGGAUCGGCGGCCGACAUUGGCAGCCCUACAGGAGGCGGCGCGGGGCUGGGAGGCCGCUCGUCGAGCAGCCGACCGACGAGCCCGGCGCUAGCGGGGGGCAGCGCGUCGCCGAGCCUGGGCGACAUCAACGAUCCGAACAACCCCAAGCAGAGCGAGGUGCUCCACACGUUUUUCCAGAGCCUGCUCAAGGAAAAGGGACCGUCUGGGUCGUCGAUGCGCAUGCUGGGACGGGAUCUGCGGCCGUCGCGCUCGCAGCGCAGCGGCGGGAGCGGGACGGGCGGGCAGGGUACGCCGGCCAAGGAGAGGGGAGGCGGCUCGAGCGAGCGCGGCUGA